AUGAAGGAAAACGACGCAGGGAAAAAUCCAAGCGGAAAGUCACUUGACUUGGGCAACCAAAGCGAUGACGUUGUGGGGGACGAUGAAUACCCAGAGGAAUUUUCCGAGUCGGACGAAUGCAAUGAGUUCUCAGAAGGGAGCAACGUUGGUAGCGACGAAGGAAGCGAUGAAAAAAGGGGAAAGCGCAGCGAAAGCCCAAGCGCGAGUAGUCUGCAACCAGAGAAGGAAGAACCCUCAUUUGCUAAAAUGAAGGAAGAGGUGCUGCAUGUGCACAAGAAAAAUAUAAGCGGACUGAAGACAGUACGAAAGGGAAGUAGCCUCAUCCUAACCGGCAACGAUAACUGCAUCCGCAUAUAUGAAUUUCAAAGUAUGAACAAGGAGGAAAAGAGCUGUUCCAAACUUAUAAGCCUAGCAGAAGGGUCCAUCAUUCAGUCAGUAGAUGCAACUAGUAACCUAAUCUUGGUGGCGAAUGGAAAUAAAUCAUAUGUAUAUGACCGUACAGGGAAGGUAGUGAAAAAUACUAUCAGGGGGGACAUGUAUAUUACCGAUGUUAAUAAAACUAAGGGACACACGAGAAGUGUUAACUGUUGUCGGUUCCAUCCAUGUAACGAAAAUAUCUUCGUAAGUGCAAGCCUCGAUAGUACCGUUAGAAUUUGGAACUUAGAGAAAAAUAAUUGUUACGGGAUCGAUAAAGAAUUAGUACACCACCAAUGUUUAAAAGUGCUGAAUGAAAAGAACAUGGUGCAAAAUAAUGUCCUCUGUUGUCAGUUCGUCCGGGAUGGAAACUCCAUCAUCCUGGGGUGUGAAAACGGACAGAUAGAAGUGAGAAAUAAAAUAUCCAACGAUUAUAUGUAUAGCCCAAAACCUAAGCAAUACAUUCAUAGGGAUGUUUCCCAUUCGGACGCCGUUGUAGACAUUUUGACGUGCAAAAAACGGGAUCACUUUUUUUUUACCAGGAGUUUGGAUAACACCGUUAAGUAUUGGGAUAGGAGGAAUCUACAAAGGUGUGUUAAAACUAUUCAAUGCAUUCCGACCAUUUUUAAAAACAGCAACAUGUCUUUGUGGGGCGGUGAUGAGCGGUACCUCGUGCUGGGCACACAGGAAAGGAAAGAAGUAAUAAUAAAUGAGGUACCUCUAAAUGAGGGUGCUACAGCAGACCAAGGGGUUAGUGGUUCCUAUGGAAAAAAUUACACAACCCAGGAACUGAAAAGGAAGGGAGCCGACUCAUAUGCCAAUAAUUAUGUGAAGGUCUACCAGGGGGAUGAAGACAUGGAGCAGUUCCUAAACGAAGUGGCUGCUUCGAACAAAACGGAAAAGUUUAUAAAAGGUGCACUAAAGAUUUACGACACGUACGGGGAGGUUUUCAGUUUGGUGUACGAAAGGCAAUACGAAGAGGCAGGUAUCAUAUGCACGCAUUUUAAUGACCACAUAAAUCAGCUCUUUCUGGGCACCACGGAUGGGAACUGCAUCGUAUAUUAUGAUGACAGCGAUGGCGACCAACACAUGGGUGCUGAUCAGCGCAGUGGGGAAACGCCCAUGGGAAGGAAAAAAAAAGGAGGCGUCCUUGAGUACCUAUACAAAGGCGUAAAACGAAAACAACAGGAAAGUACCUCCUUUUACACCAACUCUGAACACAUAUAUAACCUGGAUAAUCUGCCAAAGGAAAUAAAAAUAACUGACGCUGGAAAUGUUCUUAUAAGGAAGGACGUGAUGAAUAAGAAGGUUAAAAUGAACCCCAAACUUAGCUCCUUCACAGCGAAUGCAUAUGAGAAGAAGAGGCAAGUUGGUAUGUACUCUAAAUACAUAGUAGAUGAUAAGCCUAGUGAGAAGAACUUAUCAAGCAGCCAAACCAACAAGGGUAAUGAGUAUGAAGAGGAAGAUAUUGUCGAAAAUUUACGAAAAAGAGAACAGAGCAAACAAGGGGAUGACUAUUUUAUGAAUGUCUACAAAUAUACGCAGCCGCGUGCCAUAAUUGACUACUCCUCUGGUGAGGAACAAGAAUACUCGGAGCUUCUGAAAAAACCCAAAUGCCCCCAGUGCGGGGUUAAGAACUGCGUCUGCGGGUUUAUGCGCUCGGGGAGGAAGGGUGCCAGAUAA